AUUCGAUUGAUUUUGAUUUAAGAAAAAUAACCAAAAUGUCCCAACCAGAAUUAAAAAAAUCAAAGACCUCAGUCACAAAAACUAUCACCCUUUUACCAGGGGAUCAUGUUGGUACUGAAAUCGUUAACGAAGCUGUUAAAGUUUUGAAAGCUAUUGAAGCUAAUACUCCACAUCAAGAUAUUGAAUUUGAUUUCAAGAAUCACUUAAUUGGUGGUGCUGCUAUUGACGCUACUGGUAGUCCUUUACCAGAUGACUCUUUGACAGCUGCCAAAUCAUCGGAUGCCGUUCUUUUAGGUGCUGUUGGUGGCCCAAAAUGGGGUACUGGGUCAGUUAGACCAGAACAAGGUUUAUUGAAAAUCAGAAAAGAAUUAAACUUAUAUGCUAAUUUAAGACCAUGUAACUUUGCCUCAGACUCUUUGUUGGAAUUAUCCCCUUUGAAAUCUGAAAUUGUUAAAGGUACUGAUUUUACCGUUGUUAGAGAAUUAGUUGGUGGUAUAUACUUCGGUGAAAGAGAAGAACAAGAAGACUCCAAGGAUAAAGAAAGUGCUUGGGAUACUGAAAAAUACUCAGUCGCCGAAGUGACUAGAAUAACUAGAAUGGCUGCUUUCAUGGCUUUACAACACAACCCUCCAUUGCCAAUCUGGUCUUUAGAUAAAGCAAACGUUCUUGCUUCUUCUAGAUUAUGGAGAAAAACUGUCGAUAAAGUUUUAACUGAAGAAUUCCCUCAAUUAACCUAUAAUCAUCAAUUGAUUGAUUCUGCCGCUAUGAUCUUAGUCAAGAAUCCAACCAAUUUAAAUGGUAUCAUCAUCACCUCUAAUAUGUUUGGUGAUAUCAUUUCCGAUGAAGCCUCGGUGAUCCCAGGUUCCUUAGGUCUUUUACCCUCUGCUUCCUUAGCUUCUUUACCAGAUACCAACAGUGCUUUUGGUUUGUAUGAACCUUGCCAUGGUUCAGCCCCUGAUUUACCUGAAAAUAAGGUUAAUCCUGUGGCUACUAUUUUAUCUGUUGCUAUGAUGUUAAGAUUAUCUUUAGAUUCUCUUAAAGAAGCCGAAGCUUUAGAAAAAGCCGUCAGUGUUGUUUUAGAUUCUGGAAUCAGAACUGCUGAUUUACGUGGCUCUAGCUCUACUAAGGAAGUUGGUGAUGCUGUUGCUGAACAAGUUGCUAAAAUCUUGAAAGAAUCAGCUUAAGUAUGCA